UUGACAGAAUGCUUUGAAAAACUAUUAAACAGAACAGCCAGAUUAAGAUAGCAGAAAAAACUACCAGAAAUUACUACAGCUAAAAUUUUUUUAGAAGCACUAAACUUUUAAAAAGGGAUACAAUGGCAAGCCAUAUGUGGCUUCGCCUUCAAGUAUUAGUCUGCAUAUACGUGACGAUCACUGAAGCCUUAUUAAGCAAGUCUUCAGUUACUCUUCCUGAUUGGGGGCAGAAUGCAGAUUAUAUUACAAAGUGUGACUUUGACAAUAAUCAAUCUCCGUUCUGUGACUGGAGUGCAAAGGGGUUAAUCAGAAGCCAAGCAGGACAUGAGAAAUUCUACCUCUCAAGAGAUAUUAUGAGUCCUGUAACUUGGUUAGAGACUGAGGAUUUGUAUCUCUCUGGAGACUCGUGUCUUGAAUUCUGGUAUUACAAGCCAGCGCAUGACAGCUCAGAAUUGAGAGUCCUGCUAAGUAAUGAUGAUGUCCUAACACAAAUCUGGAGCUCUCUGCAUACUAAGGGCUAUGCCUGGAGGCGGGUGCUCAUUCCACUGAGUUACUCAGAGAUUCAUUUUAAGAUUAUUUUUGAAGUUGCACAAAGACAGGGAACAGAAGAAAUUGUAUUUGACAGAAUAGGAGUCCAGCAAGGACAGUGUCAAUCCCAGUGCCAGCCAGACACUCGGUUCUGGACAGAUGAAUUCACUCAGUGCACCUGUAUUGAAAGUCAGCUGACCUGUGCCCAAAUUGCUUGUGGGGAUGGUCAACCCUGUAGUAAGACUGUUCGGUCUAAAAGGUCAAGUGACUCAUUCACAUCUGGCACCUGCAAACUUACAAGUGACCUGCGAUACACCACAUUUGAUGGGGUGAAAUCCCGUUUUAUGGGUCAUUGUAUUCAUCUACUGACGGAGGUGUGUGUUGAGGCUGGAGUGCUUCCAGACUUUGUAGUGGAGGUGAAGACUGAGCAAAUAGGCAAAUCAUCUAAAGUCCAAAUCCAGCAGGUUAAUCUGAACAUACAAUAUCUAAGAGUGACUCUGCCAAGAAGGAACAAAAGAAAGAUCAUGGUAAAUGGGAUUUGGAGGAAUCUACCCCUGAGUCUAGGUGAAGACACAAUAAAAAUUAAUGCCCAAGGAUCAGCCAUAGUGCUUCAGACAAACUUCAACCUGUCUGUUUCCUUUUUCAAAACUGGUGCUGUUGAGGUAACUGUACCAAUCCAAUAUUCAGACAAACUCUGUGGCAUGUGUGGCAACUUUAACAAUUUAAUGGAUGAUGAUAAGAACAUACCGGGCGGAUCUUCGGUCGAGGACACCCAGAUUUUGGGGCAGACUAGGAAGAGUGACAGUUUCUACUGCCAAGACCCCAUUGUAUCAAGCGGGUGCUCAGAAUCUGAGAAGCUGGAAUAUACAAGCAGGAUGUACUGUGGCGUUCUGCUGUCCCAAAAUGGCCCCUUCUCAAAGUGCUCUUCUUCACUUGAUACCUCAGUCCUCUUCCAAAGCUGCAUGUCUGAGAUGUGUACUACUAAAGGAGACCAUGAGGCCUUAUGUGAUGUAAUGCAGGCAGUUGAAAUGUCCUGCAGUGAGGUUGGAAUUUCUGUGACUGGCUGGAGAAAUGCAACUCAUUGUUAUCUAGCCUGUGGGUCUAACAGCCACUUUAAUGCCUGCUCCAGUGAGUGCCCUGCCACCUGUUCUAGCCUGGAUGCUGCAGAGGACUGUGGUAGGUGUCAAGAGAGAUGUGAUUGUGAUGAUGGUUUCCUGCUUAGCGGAGGAAGGUGUGUACCAAUGGAGGACUGUGGGUGCUGGGCCGAUGGACAGCACUAUGAGAUAGGAGAGAGAUUUAUGAAGGAUGACUGUGAGAGGCAAUGCAUGUGUGCUGGGCAGGGCAAUAUUCAAUGUUCAACUACAUCUUGCCUGGCCCAUGAAGUCUGUAAAGUCGAGAAUGGUGUAAUAGGUUGCUUCCCCUCCAGUCCAGUGACUUGCAGUGUCUAUGGUGAUCCCCAUUACAUUACCUUUGAUGGCAAGGCCUAUUCAUUCCAGGGAACCUGUAACUACACCAUUGCUAAAACAUGUGACACUGGUGGAGUUCAGUUCACAUUAACGGCACGAAAUGAGGACCUGAGAAACUAUACAUCUUCAUCUCUGAACUCUGUGGCUCUGGAUGUGAAUGGCUUUCACCUUGCAAUCAGAAAGGACAAGCUGGUUUAUGUGAAUGGAAGCCAAACUACUCUUCCUUUUUCGCACAGCACCUCAGUGAGUGUGUCUCAAACAGGUCUAUAUGUGAUCGUGGAAACAAAAUUUGGUUUGAGGUUUCUGUUCAAUGGAAAUGACCGGCUAUUUGUGCAAGUAGAUGAGAGACACAAAGGCAGGCUGUGCGGACUUUGUGGAACCUACUCUGGAAGUCAGUUUGAUGACUUCUUGACACCUGGUGGCAGUGUAGUUCCAUAUCCACAUGAUUUUGCUAAUAGUUGGAAUACUCAUGACAAGGACUGGCCUUGUAUCAAUGGGUCUGAGAAUAAACCUAAAUGUUCAUCUGAGCUAGAGAACAAGGGAUUUCAGGAGUGUAGUAAGCUGUUUGGAGAUGCCUUCAAAGCUUGCCACUGGUUUGUGCCCCCGCAGAUCUUUGUGAACAGCUGUGUGCAAGACUUUUGCACCUCAGGGGGUGAUCAGACUCAGCUAUGUACUUCUUUAGAAAAUUAUGUGGCAGCCUGUGAAGUAUCUGAGGUGUUUCUUGGAGACUGGAGGAAGGGAACAGUCUGUGAUGUUCCAACCACACUGCCAACAGUAAAACCAAGCACCCCAACACCUUUACAACCCACCACCCAAAUUUCAAGUCCAAGUUGUUUAUGGAGUUGCAACUUUGACCAGGAUGAAUGUGGAUGGGAUCAAUUAAUCCAGGACAGUUUUGACUGGUCAAGAUUGUCUGGAUCAACACCGUCUGAUUUUACUGGCCCAAGCAGUGACCACACAACUGGAAGUGGCUUUUACAUGUAUAUUGAGGGUGACGGAGUCUAUAAUGGUGAUUCGGCACGCAUGUUGAGUCCAGAAUGCAAUACUUUGGGUACCCAGUGCAUGUCUUUCUGGUAUCACAUGUAUGGUGGGGCAUCUAUGAUGCUUAACAUUUACCUGUUAGAAGAGAACCGUGCCACCAAAAUAUGGUCUAUAGCCAAUAAUCAAGGCAACCACUGGCACCCUGCCCAAGUUGAGAUUAACCCAGUAGGACCAUUCCAGAUUAUUGUGGAAGGCAUAAGGGGUUCAAAUGCUCAGUCAGAUGUGGCAUGGGAUGAUGUGACCAUAGUAGAUGGAAAAUGUAUAAGUAGCGUGAUGCCAAAACCUGAGGUGCCAUCACCAACCAGUGGAAACAUGUUUGUUACUACCUCAGUGUGUGGAAUGAACUGCAAUUUUGAGAACAAUCUUUGCACAUGGACUCAAAUGUUAACUGAUGUUUUUGAUUGGACGAGACACAAUGGUCCUACAUCUACAGCAUUGACUGGCCCUUCAUCUGACCACACAACAGGAACUGGUUACUACCUGUACAUUGAGGGAGACAGCGCCACUCAUGGAGACACAGCUCGUCUCCUUAGUGAGGAAUGCUCUGAUGUCCAACCCCAGUGUCUGCAGUUCUGGUAUCACAUGUACGGGUCUAGCUGGACUAUGGGACUGACUGUCUACCUUUUACAUGGGAAUGUGGCCCAGGAGGUUUGGAGAAAGAGAGAAAACCAGGGGAAUGUCUGGCAUCAGGCUCAAGUGGACAUCACACCCCAUAGCACAUUCAGGAUUUUAUUUGAAGGACGCCGAGGAGAGAAUACUAGGUCAGAUGUGGCCCUGGAUGACAUCUUAAUAUACAGAGGACAGUGUGAAGAUUUAAUAAGCCAUCAGACUGUUCACCCUGCACCUGGAAAGCCAGCAAUAACCCCUACAAUCAGCAGCCCAAUAAUCAAAUCUGUAUUUUCACAUGUGUGCACAUUUGACUGCAAUUUUGACAAUGACCUGUGCACAUGGAGUCAGUUAGCGACUGAUGUUUUUGACUGGACGAGACAUAACGGUCCUACAUCUACAGCACUGACUGGCCCUUCAUCUGACCACACAACAGGAACUGGUUACUACCUGUACAUUGAGGGAGACAGCGCCACUCAUGGAGACACAGCUCGUCUCCUCAGUGAGGAAUGCUCUGAUGUCCAACCCCAGUGUCUGCAGUUCUGGUAUCACAUGUACGGGUCUAGCUGGACUAUGGGACUGACUGUCUACCUGUUACAUGGGAAUGUGGCCCAGGAGGUUUGGAGAAAGAGAGAAAACCAGGGAAAUGUCUGGCAUCAGGCUCAAGUGGACAUCACACCCCAUAGCACAUUCAGGAUUUUAUUUGAAGGACGCCAAGGAGACAAUGCUAGGUCAGAUGUGGCCCUGGACGACAUCUUAAUACACAGAGGACAGUGUGAAGAUUUAAUAAGCCAUCAGACUGUUCACCCUGCACCUGGAAAGCCAGCAAUAACCCCUACAAUCAGCAGCCCAAUAAUCAAAUCUGUAUUUUCACCUGUGUGCACAUUUGACUGCAAUUUUGACAAUGACCUGUGCACAUGGAGUCAGUUAGCGACUGAUGUUUUUGACUGGACGAGACAUAACGGUCCUACAUCUACAGCACUGACUGGCCCUUCAUCUGACCACACAACAGGAACUGGUUACUACCUGUACAUUGAGGGAGACGGCGCCACUCAUGGAGACACAGCUCGUCUCCUCAGUGAGGAAUGCUCUGAUGUCCAACCCCAGUGUCUACAGUUCUGGUAUCACAUGUACGGGUCUAGCUGGACUAUGGGACUGACUGUCUACCUGUUACAUGGGAAUGUCGCCCAGGAGGUUUGGAGAAAGAGAGAAAACCAGGGAAAUGUCUGGCAUCAGGCUCAAGUGGACAUCACACCCAAUAGCACAUUCAGGAUUUUAUUUGAAGGACGCCGAGGAGACAAUGCUAGGUCAGAUGUGGCCCUGGACGACGUCUUAAUAUACAGAGGACAGUGUGAAGAUUUAAUAAGCCAUCAGACUGUUCACCCUGCACCUGGAAAGCCAGCAAUAACCCCUACAAUCAGCAGCCCAAUAAUCAAAUCUGUAUUUUCACCUGUGUGCACAUUUGACUGCAAUUUUGACAAUGACCUGUGCACAUGGAGUCAGUUAGCGACUGAUGUUUUUGACUGGACGAGACAUAACGGUCCUACAUCUACAGCACUGACUGGCCCUUCAUCUGACCACACAACAGGAACUGGUUACUACCUGUACAUUGAGGGAGACAGCGCCACUCAUGGAGACACAGCUCGUCUCCUCAGUGAGGAAUGCUCUGAUGUCCAACCCCAGUGUCUGCAGUUCUGGUAUCACAUGUACGGGUCUAGCUGGACUAUGGGACUGACUGUCUACCUGUUACAUGGGAAUGUGGCCCAGGAGGUUUGGAGAAAGAGAGAAAACCAGGGAAAUGUCUGGCAUCAGGCUCAAGUGGACAUCACACCCCAUAGCACAUUCAGGAUUUUAUUUGAAGGACGCCGAGGAGACAAUGCUAGGUCAGAUGUGGCCCUGGAUGACGUCUUAAUACACAGAGGACAGUGUGAAGAUUUAAUAAGCCAUCAGACUGUUUCACCUGCACCUAAUAAGCCAACAGUUAUCCCUACAGUCACCAGCCCAACUACCAAAUCUGCAGUCUCACCUGUGUGCACAUUUGACUGCAAUUUUGACAGUGACCUGGGCACAUGGAGUCAGUUAGCGACCGAUGUCUUUGACUGGACGAGACAUAGCGGUCCUACAUCUACAGCACUGACUGGCCCUUCAUCUGACCACACAACAGGAACUGGUUACUACCUGUACAUUGAGGGAGACAGCGCCACUCAUGGAGACACAGCUCGUCUCCUCAGUGAGGAAUGCUCUGAUGUCCAACCCCAGUGUCUGCAGUUCUGGUAUCACAUGUACGGGUCUAGCUGGACUAUGGGACUGACUGUCUACCUGUUACAUGGAAAUGUGGCCCAGGAGGUUUGGAGAAAGAGAGAAAACCAGGGAAAUGUCUGGCAUCAGGCUCAAGUGGACAUCACACCCAAUAGCACAUUCAGGAUUUUAUUUGAAGGACGCCGAGGAGACAAUGCUAGGUCAGAUGUGGCCCUGGACGACAUCUUAAUACACAGAGGACAGUGUGAAGAUUUAAUAAGCCAUCAGACUGUUCACCCUGCACCUGGAAAGCCAGCAAUAACCCCUACAAUCAGCAGCCCAAUAAUCAAAUCUGUAUUUUCACCUGUGUGCACAUUUGACUGCAAUUUUGACAAUGACCUGUGCACAUGGAGUCAGUUAGCGACUGAUGUUUUUGACUGGACGAGACAUAACGGUCCUACAUCUACAGCACUGACUGGCCCUUCAUCUGACCACACAACAGGAACUGGUUACUACCUGUACAUUGAGGGAGACAGCGCCACUCAUGGAGACACAGCUCGUCUCCUCAGUGAGGAAUGCUCAGAUGUCCAACCCCAGUGUCUACAGUUCUGGUAUCACAUGUACGGGUCUAGCUGGACUAUGGGACUGACUGUCUACCUGUUACAUGGGAAUGUGGCCCAGGAGGUUUGGAGAAAGAGAGAAAACCAGGGAAAUGUCUGGCAUCAGGCUCAAGUGGACAUCACACCCCAUAGCACAUUCAGGAUUUUAUUUGAAGGACGCCGAGGAGACAAUGCUAGGUCAGAUGUGGCCCUGGACGACGUCUUAAUACACAGAGGACAGUGUGAAGAUUUAAUAAGCCAUCAGACUGUUCACCCUGCACCUGGAAAGCCAGCAAUAACCCCUACAAUCAGCAGCCCAAUAAUCAAAUCUGUAUUUUCACCUGUGUGCACAUUUGACUGCAAUUUUGACAAUGACCUGUGCACAUGGAGUCAGUUAGCGACUGAUGUUUUUGACUGGACGAGACAUAACGGUCCUACAUCUACAGCACUGACUGGCCCUUCAUCUGACCACACAACAGGAACUGGUUACUACCUGUACAUUGAGGGAGACAGCGCCACUCAUGGAGACACAGCUCGUCUCCUCAGUGAGGAAUGCUCAGAUGUCCAACCCCAGUGUCUACAGUUCUGGUAUCACAUGUACGGGUCUAGCUGGACUAUGGGACUGACUGUCUACCUGUUACAUGGGAAUGUGGCCCAGGAGGUUUGGAGAAAGAGAGAAAACCAGGGAAAUGUCUGGCAUCAGGCUCAAGUGGACAUCACACCCCAUAGCACAUUCAGGAUUUUAUUUGAAGGACGCCGAGGAGACAAUGCUAGGUCAGAUGUGGCCCUGGACGACGUCUUAAUACACAGAGGACAGUGUGAAGAUUUAAUAAGCCAUCAGACUGUUCACCCUGCACCUGGAAAGCCAGCAAUAACCCCUACAAUCAGCAGCCCAAUAAUCAAAUCUGUAUUUUCACCUGUGUGCACAUUUGACUGCAAUUUUGACAAUGACCUGUGCACAUGGAGUCAGUUAGCGACUGAUGUUUUUGACUGGACGAGACAUAACGGUCCUACAUCUACAGCACUGACUGGCCCUUCAUCUGACCACACAACAGGAACUGGUUACUACCUGUACAUUGAGGGAGACAGCGCCACUCAUGGAGACACAGCUCGUCUCCUCAGUGAGGAAUGCUCAGAUGUCCAACCCCAGUGUCUACAGUUCUGGUAUCACAUGUACGGGUCUAGCUGGACUAUGGGACUGACUGUCUACCUGUUACAUGGGAAUGUGGCCCAGGAGGUUUGGAGAAAGAGAGAAAACCAGGGAAAUGUCUGGCAUCAGGCUCAAGUGGACAUCACACCCCAUAGCACAUUCAGGAUUUUAUUUGAAGGACGCCGAGGAGACAAUGCUAGGUCAGAUGUGGCCCUGGACGACGUCUUAAUACACAGAGGACAGUGUGAAGAUUUAAUAAGCCAUCAGACUGUUUCACCUGCACCUGAUAAGCCAACAGUAAUCCCUACAGUCACCAGCCCAACUACCAAAUCUGCAGUCUCACCUGUGUGCACGUUUGACUGCAAUUUUGACAGUGACCUGUGCACAUGGAGUCAGUUAGCGACCGAUGUUUUUGACUGGACGAGACAUAACGGUCCUACAUCUACAGCACUGACUGGCCCUUCAUCUGACCACACAACAGGAACUGGUUACUACCUGUACAUUGAGGGAGACAGCGCCACUCAUGGAGACACAGCUCGUCUCCUUAGUGAGGAAUGCUCUGAUGUCCAACCCCAGUGUCUGCAGUUCUGGUAUCACAUGUACGGGUCUAGCUGGACUAUGGGACUGACUGUCUACCUGUUACAUGGGAAUGUGGCACAGGAGGUUUGGAGAAAGAGAGAAAACCAGGGGAAUGUCUGGCAUCAGGCUCAAGUGGACAUCACACCCCAUAGCACAUUCAGGAUUUUAUUUGAAGGACGCAGAGGACACAAUGAAAGGUCAGAUGUGGCAGUGGAUGAUGUCUCUUUCCACAGAGGACCCUGUGCAGAUUUACUGAAACAUGUGGCUGGUUCAUCUACAACAGACAUCACCCAAUGGUAAUCUCUAUAUUCAGCAACAAAUCUCCAACUUCACAUACUCAUAUACACCACUACAACCACAGCAUACCAUCCUUUCACAAAUUUUAGCACCUGUGUCAUAACAUACCACCUAUGUUAGUAUCCUAAUAGUCUGGGCCUUUGGCUUAAGUUAACAACCUUCCUUAACAAAUGAUUGAUGUUGUUGAAUAUAUUAUUGUUUUGUUGUUAGAUUAUCUGAGAAAGUUAAAAUUUUAAUACAAUUACUUUGUUACUGUACUCAUGUUUAUGCAAGUAACUGCACUUUAGAAUUAGUUUUUUCUUGCACAUAAUAUUUACUCUUACUCUUUGCAUUUACUCUUUGCAUUUCAAAUGGAAAAUCUGCACUGUCUAUUCAGUCAUUUCUACACUGUUGAAUAAAAUAUGAACUCUAAACCAUGA